AUGGGUGUAAAUUUUGAAUGUUAUCAACGUUUGCAAGAAACCUAUCCGCCUGAAUUUCAGAAGCAGCAGCAGCAGGAGGAGGCGGGGGAGGAGAAUGAGAGAGCAUUUGUAACAUGCCAUGCCACAGAUAUCAACUCCUACAGCCAUCACAGACAAACAAAAGCAGCAGUAGAGUACGAAGAAGCCUUGUGUCAUAAGCAAAUGACAGCAACAAUAGUUGUGGGUGGUCCACUGCCAACACAAUCGUGUAAACGUCGACAACAUGGCCACAACGACAACAACACCAACAGCACCCAUAAAAGCCCAAAAGAAUGCAGCAACAACAGCAGCAGCAAUAGUUCUCUGUUCUGGCCCCUACAUUGUUCUCGACAAUGGCUAAUAUUGGCUUUACUGGUGUUGUCGUCCUGUUUACUUGCGGUUCCCGUUAAUGGCCUGGCAAAUUGUCCCAAUGGCUGUCAAUGUGAUGAUGAUACUCUCGUGGUCAAAUGCGGUGAAGGCACUCUUGACGUCCUGCCCAUUGCCCUGAAUCCGUCCAUUCAACGGCUGGUAAUCAAAAACAAUAAAAUCAAAACCAUCGAUUCGAGCAUUCAGUUCUAUGCCGAGCUAACGUUUCUCGAUCUGUCGUACAACGAUUUGGUAACCAUACCCCCGAGGACAUUUGCCUUCCAACGCAAAUUGCAAGAAUUGCAUUUGAAUCACAACAAGAUUGGCCAAAUCAACAACAAAACGUUAAUGGGUUUGUCGGCGGUUACCAUUUUGAAUAUUCGUGGCAAUCUCUUGGCCGAGCUGGAGGAUUACACCUUUGCACCGUUGCUCAAAGUGGAGGAAUUGAAUUUGGGCCAGAAUCGCAUUAGUCGCAUUGCUGCCCAUGCCUUUGACGGGUUGAAGAAUUUACGAGUUUUGUAUUUGGAUGACAACACCUUGACCUCAGUGCCGGCUCCGGAAAAUUUCCAGGCUAUGCCAAUGUUGGCGGAGCUGUAUUUGGGCACCAAUUCCUUUAUGUCCAUACCCAACAAGGCCUUUGAAGAUUUGAAAGGGCUAACCCGUUUAGAUUUAAAGGGAGCGGGUCUGCACAAUCUCUCGUUGGAAGCCAUGAAAGGUUUGGAGGGCGUACGCUACCUAGAUCUCUCCGAUAAUCGUUUGGAAUUUAUACCACAAAGUGCUUUGUCACAUUUGGAACGUUUGGAGGAAUUGGCAUUGGGACAAAAUGAUUUUGAGCUGAUACCCAGCAAUGCCUUGGCGGGACUGAAAAACCUCAAACGUUUGCAAGUUACAGGAGCCCAAAGGCUGCAAAAGGUGGAGAAUGGAGCCUUCUCGAGUAAUACCAACUUGGAAUAUUUGAAUUUAUCGGCAAAUAAGAUGCUGGCCGAAAUUGAAGAGAAUGCCUUUAGUGGUUUGCCUCACUUGAAACAUAUCAUCCUGAAGGAGAAUCAAAUUAUUACCUUAAGUGAGGGACUCUUCCCAUGGGCCGACUUGACCACUUUGGACCUCUCCGAUAAUCCGUUGGUGUGCGAUUGCCGUCUACUGUGGCUGCGCACUUUGAUAAUCAAUAAAAAUAAUACCAGCGAACAGAUCCAGGGUGUGAUAUGUUCAGCCCCUGCCAGUCUGAAGGGAGAGAAUUUGAAUACCCUUAGCCCUGCCAUGUUGGGCUGUAAUCACAGCAGUCCCAAUCAACAGGCUAUGAUUAGUAUUUUACUUGUCGUGACGGCAGCUGCCAUUACCGCCUUGGCUUUGAUUAUCUACUCCUGUCGGCGGAGAAUACGCGAAGUGCUCAAAGGAGGCUGGGGUAAUUCCGCCCUGGGUCGCAAAGAGCGGGAAUAUCAAAAAACGUUCUCCGAGGAGGAUUACAUGAAUCGCCAUCCCCAAAUACCCUGUGCCAUGAGCAGCUCCGCACCCUAUGCCACCACCACCAGCGGUUAUGGUGGCCAACAUGCUCUGCAAUAUAUGGGAUCCCGACCCAUUCCUGUUACCGAACUAUAGCUAGAAGCACCACCCCCACCUCAACAAAGAGGUCGGGGAUCGACCACAAAUGCAACUGCCAGUAACUGUAACACCCUACAACAGCUGAAAGUUCCCAAUGGUACAUCUGUGUACAAUGGUUGUGGUCCUCUACCCGAUAAUCAAAACUCCUUUGUCAAUCAACUAAAUCAAAUCCCAUAUAUGACCAAUAACACCACCAGACCAUAUAACUAUCAAUCGCAACAGGAUAUGCGUAAGUUGGCCAAUACGAAGUCAUCCAAUCAGACCUCAUUGCCUCGGCACAGUCAAAAUAAUUGGCAACAAGAAAGUUCGCUGACCCAGAAUCACAUCUACUCCCAGCCGAUAACACCAAAUGGCGGUGUGUCUUAUGUCACACCAAAAUACAAUACAACCGAUCGCCACAUACGCUUGACCCAGGAUCAUUUCAAUCACAACAACUCCCUGAAAUAUCCACAGCAAUAUAAUCACCACGCUGCCAUGGAUGAGGGUGAUUAUUUGCACAACAAUUCCCAUUAUUCCUUGCCAGUGGAUCACAAUAAUGAUGCUAGUCCUACAUCUGAAUCGCCAAUACCGCCCACACCACCGCCACCGGCCUUGCCACUACGCAACGGUAGCUGCAACACUACCGGACGUAGAUCAACCUUUAGUUCUUUGAAUGGUAAUUCAUCGCAGCAGAAGCAGCAACCCCAACAUAAUCACAUAAAUAAUAACAAUAAUAGUAGUGUGGCAACUCUACACAAAAUUACAACUCUUAACAAUAAUAACAACAACAACAUCAAUCAUACCGGUAGUUUAAGGCACCAGUAUCACUGAUAUUCAUUGAAAAAAUGCCAUGAACAUGCCA